UAUCCUUGACGGCAACCACGUGCUUUUCAAACAGUAUAAAUUGAAUGUUUCACCUGUCUCUCACAUCAUAGGAAGUUGUCUCGAUAUGGAGAAAUCACUCACUUUCUUGUCGAUAUCUAUAUUACUUCUGUUUACUUCUAGAACUGUGUCAGGUUUUGAUCAUUCUGUGAAACCGCACUGUCCUCCAGAUGAAGAAAUUUGUGAGUUUGAUUGGGUCAUCGACUACAUAGAGACAAUGAUCUAUUACGAUGAAAAUGGCGCCGGAAAUCCUAUUGUUGUCCGAAAUGGAUCUCUCUUUCAGCGGACGGGCUGUGAUCAGUUUGUUCCAAUCGAUAUAAACAAAGAUGCGAAUAAAGCCAUUUUUGCAGACGGUUCUUAUAAGUUGAUUUACGGCAUCAAUGGUGACUAUCCGGGACCUUCAGUUGUAGUAUACGAAGGUCAACAGGUGGUUGUGAAUAUCAAGAACAAUUUGCUGAUGGAGGGCAUUACUAUUCACUGGCAUGGGAUGGUGCAGUGGCACACACCCUGGAUGGACGGAGUUGGGACUGUGUCACACUGUCCUAUUAACCCGGGCGAGACAUUCCAGUAUAGGUUUUUGGCUGAUCCGCCAGGAACACAUUGGUACCACUCUCACCUCGGUACAGAGCGUACUGACGGAAUCUCAGGGGCACUUAUUGUGCUCCCUAACCCGAACAAUCCAGAGAGCACACGUAGUGAUUUACCGGAGCUGGCAGGUGAUUUCGUCAUGAUACUGGCAGAUUGGAAGUUGGACUCCUCUAUUGAAACCAAAAGCGAGGCGGGUUGGGGUCUGAACAGGUAUUCUAAAGGAUUCAAUGAAACGGAAUGUUACCAAGUCACCUCUGACACGACCGGUGGGCCAGUGGGCCUGUUUCCUUUCGAAUCAGCUCUCAUUAACGGUAGAGGUAAUCAUUAUCUCAACAAAGAUAACCCGGAGCAGCCGGACAUACCCGAGUUACCGCUGGAAUCCUUCACCAUUAACCGGUACGGUUAUUACAGGUUCAGGGUCAUCAACGUCGGCAUGCUGUAUGGCUUCCGCGUUUCAGUAGACAAGCAUGACAUCCAAUUGACAUCUGUUGAUGGCAAUGACGUAAUCAUGACUAGCGCCGAAUCCGUGAUGGCGUUUGGUGGUGAGAGAGUGGAUUUUAUUGUGUUGGCAUCAGAGGACAUUAACAACUACUGGAUACGUACAGAGACCCUGGAAGCAGCCAACAAUACAGGGCCGAUAAAUCCUAACACUGGAUUUGCUAUUCUGAAAUAUAACGGCAGCCGUGAUGUUGAUCCGAGAACUCAGAGAUAUCAAUGCCGACCUAAAGAUCCCUGUCGGGUUAUCAACUGCCCCUUUGGACAGUAUCCCGAUAGCUACAAUAUUGAGUGUCUCGCCGCCUCCGAUCUACGGUCAACAGCAGAACAGUUGCAGGCCCAUCCAGUUCCUAUCGCCACGUCUGCUGAUGAGAUUCAAGAAAUAUUUUUGAAUUUUCAUUUCUCUUCUACUGCAAAAAUCCCCUUUACCACGGCAGUAAACGGCCACGUGUUUGUUCCACCCACAUCCCCACCUCAGAUUUAUCCUAAACAGGCCAAUACAACAACCAGCUGUGACGAGCUGGAUUGCACGGAUCAUUGUGUAUGCACUUAUAUCGUAAAGCUGGAAAAAGACAAAACGGUGCAAAUGACUCUGCUCAAUAUGGAUGACGCAGGUUUUGGUAUGCCACAUCCCGUUCAUAUGCACGGUCACCAUUUUCAUGUCGUAAAGACUGGAUAUCCUGCAUACAAUGCCUCCUCUGGGAGAUUUGUGAAUAGAAAUAGAGACAUUCUAUGUAAUACUAAAAGUUGUAACGAUGCAACUUGGAGAAAUGAAAGUUGGAGAUUUGGAAAUGUUCCUGGACUAAAUCUUGAGGAUCCACCACAGAAGGACACGAUAGCAGUGCCGAGAAAUGGCUACGUUGUACUCAGACUGAAAGCGGACAAUCCCGGUUUUUGGUUUAUGCACUGCCACAUUGAACUCCAUCAAAUAUCUGGUAUGGCUGUGCUUCUUCAGGAAGGUGAUAUUUCGGACAUGGAACCUGUACCCGAGGGCUUCCCAGCAUGUGGCAGCUUCAAAAUGACAGCAGAGGAAUUCAAGCAAUAUAAAACACCGGAAGGUGCGAGAAAAAAGAAGCCUCUGAUCCACCGGCAACGAAGCGAAAUCCUCGUUGAAGAGGUCGAUUACCACGUCGUAGAUUAUGUACCCGUCGAAAUCGAUCGUAAAGCUCCAUCCACUUCGUCAAAAGAGAAGGCAGACAAGUUCGGAGGACAUUUCCAUUCCCAUCAUAGGCACCACAGAUACCACCUAGUUCUAAUUGCACUACUAGCAUUAUCUCUUUUAAUGAACUUCGUCUUCAUUACGAUGUGUAUUUGUCGAAAAUGUCGGCAUUCCUCGGUUUCAGACAAACUUGCACAGAAGAAGACCAUGGUUGCUCAUGCCCUUGCCAAUCAAGCAAGUCUGCAACCAUCUGAAUCAAAACAACGUCUCAUCUAACAUUUUUGUGAAUUAGGAAUAUCAAUGUUGUUGACAUGUUAUAUUAAUACUUGUUUGAGAUUGUAUAUCAUAUGACAAAUAAAAUUACUAUUGACAUAA